GGUCGUUGUCGUCUACGCUCGAUGCGCCGCUGGCUGCCAUAAUUUCCUUCUAUUCUCCCCCCGCCAUCCCUCAUUGCCUCCCGCGCCCACUACGAGCGCACGCCGCCCGCACCGAUGAGCAGGGUUUACGCCGACGUCAACAAGGUUCUCGGCAAGGACUGGUACGAUUACGAGAACUUCACGAUCGAAUGGAGUGAGCCGGAUCGCUAUGAGAUCGUUCGCAGACUCGGCGGAGGGAAGUACUCCGAGGUCUUCACCGGCAUCGAUAUGGUCAACAACGAGCAAUGCGUCGUCAAGGUCCUCAAGCCCGUUGCCGCGAAGAAAAUCAAGCGCGAAAUCAAGGUGCUGCGCAAUCUAACCGGCGGCCCGAAUGUCGUUGCCCUCCUGGAUGUCGUUCGCGAUCCAUCCGGGAAGUACCACAGUCUGGUCAUGGAAUACGUCAACAACGUCGAAUGGAAGAUCCUAUACCCCAGCUUAACGGAGGCGGACAUCAAGCAUUAUACCUUCCAGCUGCUUAAGGCACUGGACUUUGUGCACUCCCAUGGUAUCAUGCAUCGCGACGUCAAGCCCGGCAAUGUCAUGGUUGAUUACCACGAGCGAAAGCUCCGCUUGAUUGACUGGGGUCUCGCCGAGUUCUAUCACCCGAAUACCGACUACCAUAUACGCGUCGGGUCUCGAUACUACAAGGCUCCUGAGCUUUUAGUCGGUUACCGCCAGUACGAUUACAGCCUGGACUUAUGGAGCGUCGGCUGCAUGUUCGCCUCGAUGAUCUUCCGCAAAGAGCACUUUUUCCGAGGAUCCGACAACGACGAGCAGCUGCUCAAGAUCCUGCGCUGUUUGGGAACGGAGAAGUUCGAUGCAUACUUGCAGAAGUACGGUAUCCACUAUGAGACGGAACACGAGUCCCUGUUGGCCAACUACCCGAGACAACCAUGGAUAAAGUAUAUCAACGCCGAUAACCAGCCAUACGCAACUGCAGAAGCUAUCGAUCUACUCGACAACCUCCUGCGGUACGACCAUAUGGAACGGCUCACCGCAAAGGAGGCCCAGGGUCACAUCUACUUCAACUCUGUGCGGCUCGAGGCGGCGAAGGGCGAGACGUACAGCAGCGACUCCGGAUUCUACUCUGCAUGACUUGCUAGCCCCGCGGGGCGGGCUUCGUGAUCCGGGAGUGGGAGGACGCACGCGCGCGGUUGCCGCGGGACGCACCUGCUCUGGUUCCUCCUCUUCUAACUUUCAGCGA